AAAGUACUUAAUUGCUCUGGAAUGAUACCAGCUCAGCAUAUCAAACACUGUCUUAAACAAUGCUGCGGAGCUGCUGCUUGCAGGCUUAUGUUUCCCAAUAACCAGGUGAUGAAAUGAAGAACAACACCAAGGAUGAAAUACGACUGGGGAAUCUGAAGGCAAUGGUGAGAUCUGCAGGUUGUCAAUGUAGAGUGGAUUCCCUUGUACCAUAACCUAGAGAAUCCAGCCCCACCUCCUCCAUGCCCUGAAAGGUACCCUGUCUAUGCCAAUCUGCUUUUUUUCUCAUGUAAAUGAGGAGAGAGCUGGUUUGCAGAGGAUGGGAUGGGAUCAGACACUGAGCCUGCAGGCAGCUCAGCUCUCAGCUUCUCCUCCUCCUUCUCAUGGCACCAGAGGUCGCUCUUAUUUUCUUAAAGACAGUUAACACAUCUUUGGCUUCACAGACCUUCCUUAUCACUUGCAUCUGAGCAGAGUUUCACAGGAGCUACGAGGUGAUGCCCACAUUAUGCCCAUAUGAACUGUGAGGACGGUAGGUGCCUUGGAGCAAUACAGCUGCAGUCUGGGCUACAGAAAAACCACAGGAAAAAGUUUUGGCUUCCUCUGAACAAGGAACCCACUGAACUCUAGAUUAAGGAAUCCACUGAACUCUAGAUUAAGGAAUCCACUGAACUCUAGAUUAAGGAAUCCACUGAACUCUAGAUCAAGGAAUCCACUGAACUCUAGAUCAAGGAAUCCACUGAACUCUAAAUCAAGGAAUCCACUGAACUCUAGAUCAAGGAAUCCACUGAACUCUAGAUAAAGGAAUCCACUGAAUUCUAGGACAAGGAAUCCACUGAACUCUAGAUCAAGGAAUCCACUGAACUCUAGGACAAGGAAUCCACUGAACUCUAGAUCAAGAAUCCACUGAACUCUAGGACCAGGAAUCCACUGAACUCUAGAUCAAGGAAUCCACUGAACUCUAGAUCAAGGAACCCACUGAACUCUAGAUCAAGGAACCCACUGAACUCUAGAUCAAGGAAUCCACUGAACUCUAGAUCAAGGAACCCACUGAACUCUUAAUCAAGGAACCCACUGAACUCUAGAUCAAGGAAUCCACUGAACUCUAGGACAAGGAACCCACUGAACUCUAGAUCAAGGAAUCCACUGAACUCUAGGACAAGGAACCCACUGAACUCUAGAAUAAGUGACCCAGGAGCUUACCAGGCAGGAGGACUUGUUAGGUUGGCAACAGGUGGACUCUCUAACCCACAGGGAGUGUCAUAGUGCAGCUGGCACUGGAAGGGUGGGUUUUCUCUCUGGGUUGGUCCUUUAGAAGUUUUCACCAUUACUUCCAAAAGUGAAGAAGACUUUCUAGCCCUGGCAGCGUCCAGGUUGAGCCGCAGGAAGAGGGUGAUCGGUGCGGCCAUAGGGGUGGCCAUGGUCCUCAUCCUUCUCAUAGCCAUCCCUUUACUGGUCAGCAGCUCUAAGACCAGCAGCCACUAUGAGAUGCUGGGCAGCUGUAGGAUGGUGUGUGACCCGUACACCCCCCAGACCCAUGGGGCGUCCUCUGCGGAGUCCAGCCAGGAGUACGGGAUCAUCUCCCCCCCUCCGCACCUGCAGGGGAGCAAAUUGGAGCAAGGGGCAAAGAAGGGCAAAUCAGGACUCCGAGGAUUACCGGGACCUAUCGGGCCACCUGGACCUAAAGGACCCCCCGGGGAACCAGGACGACCCGGACCACCUGGUCCUCCAGGACCCGGUCCAGGGGGAUAUGUCUCGUCUUACUACAGCCCAAAGAUCGCCUUCUAUGCGGGGCUGAGGAAGCCACAUGAAGGCUAUGAGGUUCUGAGGUUCGAUGAUGUUGUCACCAAUGUGGGGAACUACUAUGAGCCCUCCACCGGCAAAUUCACCUGCCCCCUGCCUGGCAUCUACUUCUUCGCCUACCACGUGCUGAUGAGAGGGGGGGAUGGCACCAGCAUGUGGGCAGAUCUGAUGAAGAACACACAGGUUCGAGCCAGUGCCAUUGCUCAGGACGCAGAUCAGAACUAUGACUAUGCCAGCAACAGUGUAAUACUUCAUUUAGAUGUGGGGGAUGAGGUUUAUGUCAAACUGGAUGGUGGCAAAGUGCAUGGUGGGAACACAAACAAAUACAGUACCUUCUCUGGAUUCAUCAUCUAUCCUGACUGAGGAAUCGCUGCAGACAAUAUCUUCAUGAACCCUUUCUUGGCCAGAAACUUGCAGAGCAUUGCUCCAGUAACCCUUCACCUGCAAGUCUUACAGUGUUGCUCCAUGUUACUUUUCCCCAGUGGUGACCUGCAGGACACAUCUUAACCACUUUUCUGCUAGAAAUGGCUAGAAAGCCCAAUGACACUGGUGACUUAUCUAGCAAAGGAGAGGUUAAAGAAAGAAUUUCCCUUCAUCUGGGUGACCGCAGAAGCUUCUAUUACAGGUGGCCAGAGAUCAGUACUUAUUUUUUUCUGUUUUGCAGAACCUAUAUUUAUAUUUGCUGGUUAUCAGCCUUUCACCUCGGAGAUCAUGAAUAAGUCAGUGUCCCAUCUUUUGUUGUCUUUGCAGGAUAUGGGAGCAUGGGGGGGGGGGGGGGGGGGGACUAAACCUGGGGCAAAUAUCACAUAUAAAAGGUGAACCAUCUGUGUGCAUGAGUGUAAUUUAUUGUGUGUCACUAAGUAUCAAUAUGCAGAAAACAUACUCAUAAAGUCAUAACCAUAUGAAUGACUGAACCUUUAUGGGAAGCAAUGUAGCAUUUAUGAGCUAAUGGAGUAUAUUUCACUUAUUACCUAUAAGUCCAUUUCAUUUGCCCAAGUCAUAAUAAGCUGACUGCUAGAUAUUUUCCCAAAUCUUAAGAAAAUUAAUUUCAGACAAAUGUCUAAAUGUUGUUAUUUGUUUAAGUAAAAAAUAUUUGAAGGAGGUUUUGGUAAUGACAAGUAUGCAAUUGGAUCUGCUACAUCUGCCUUUCAGGAUACAGAUCAGUCCGUCCUGAUUCACAAUUGUAUCUGUAUUAGACGAAAUAGACACCUUUUCUCUUAGACACGUUCCCUCCUCUUGUCUUGUUACAUGAGCCAAAGUAUUCUACACCUGACCAUCGAUGUACCAGAAAAGACAAGGUACUGCAGAAGU